GAAACAUAAAGAAACAAACGCGUAAUUGUCAAAGCAGCAUGGCACCUAAAGAUGACGCUGCCGGUGCAAUCCCACACCUUAAGCCGAAAGACAUCGACGAACUCAAGACCCUGAACGACCUCCUCCACCUGAUCUUUCAUCGCAACAAAAACCAGCACCACCUAAGCUUCUGGUGGCGUGGCUUUGCUACCUUCCGGCGGGAGUACCAACAUCUACUCGCCGAAUACGAAGCUUCCAAAACGAACAAGACAUCCAAGAAGCGCGCAAAAGCUAGACUGGACACCUGGAAGCAAAUUCGUGUACCCCAAUGGUACCUGUCGUUCACGCACUUAAUCAGCUCGAACCAAUUCAGUGCCAUCGGUCUUGCGCUGCUUACAAUCCUAGCUACGGUAUCCUCACUCUUCGGUAUCACAGCGGCGCUCCAAGAAGAAGGCGAACAACACAUCCAGGAGAGGCUACGUGAAUUUGCGCAGAAAGAUGCUAGAGAGCUGUUCGCAGCGACGGCGGACGGGAAGAAAGACGAGGAUGUUGGUGAAGUCAUCAAGAGACCUCGCGAUCCGGAGCCGGAGCAGGAGCCUAAGCAACGUCCUGCUAAGAAGAAGGUCGUAGAGACGGCAAAGAAGAAGAAAAAGAAGGGCAAGAAUGCUAUUGAUGAUCUCUUUGCGGGGUUGUAGCAAGUAGACAAUGGAUGUUCUACUGAGCGACAAGAGAACAUGUACUCUAGCA